AUGGCGAGUAGUUACGCGACCCGAGGGCUUUUCGGAGGCGCCAUGAGGGUUCAGUUGCCGGUGGAACUCAUCGAUUCUAGCGAUCUCCGCCAGGUGCCAGACCACCAAGAAGUCUUCCUGUCGCCGACCACGCUGACAUCGAUCAUCUUCGAGAUCAACGACUACGUCGAGCAGUCGGAUCUACCCAGCAGCCAGCAUCCCACCACGACGACGACUACCACGACUAGGCCGGACGGCACCACGACCACGACAACCACCACGGUCGUCAACGGUAAUGCGGCUAGGGAAACGGCCGAAUCGGACGCAGAAGCAGCCCAACACCAUUUCACAGACGUGAUCUCGCCGCCGGACACGCUCGCGGCACCACUACCACGCCCGCAGCAGGUCCGGCUGCAGAGCCCCAGCCUCGCCGCGUAUCCCGCAUACAUCCUCGCGGCGAAUAUCAGGAGCUACGACACGGCGCACCGAGCCCCGCAGACAGCGUCGUCCCCGAACCCGCUCCAGUCACUCGUGCACCAGAUCCAGCUCCUCGUUCGCAUCCAAGACUACGCGACCGACCUGUGCGUUCGGAUCAACGUGCCUUUGAAAGAGCUGGCCGACCACAGCCAGGCCGCUGCUGAAGCUGCAUUUGCUCGGGACGUGCUUGCCCGGGUGGUUGCGACACUGGACGUUGUUGAAUUCGAUCUCUUUGGCGCCCAAUAG